UUGCCUUCUUACGUGUCACGCAAUUGAUGGUGGUGCGUGUACUGUGCCGCUGACAAUGAGCCGCGGCGGUGACUGUGAUAAGUGAUCUGUGUAAGCCCAUUCUCAUCGCUAAACGCGAACAGUGGCAGUGGAGAAAGAUCGCACAUCGGCCACUGUUAGAGCAUACCUCUUGAUGACUCGCGCUUUAAGUGGGCCUCAGGCAAGCCGGAGCUCGCAAUUAUGUUCGAUGUACCGCAGAAAUUCUACGAUCUGUGUCGCCUUUGUUUAUCCCGGGACGGUGUCAAGUUUUCCAUAUUCAAGGAGGGGGGCCAGCAAAAUAUUGCUGAAAAGAUAUCGACAUGCCUGUCAAUCACGGUAAAAGAUGAUGAUCCCUUACCACCGAUUAUCUGUCAGCAAUGUGUAUACAAGUUAAACAUGUUGCAUGAUUUUCGUGAAGAGUCACAAAAAUCUGACCUCUUACUUAAACAGUACCUGGAUUAUACCAAGCAACUGUCGUCUCAUGACGAGCAGAAAGAGUCUUUCUCCACUGCCAAAGUAGCGGGCAAGAGUCCCCUGCAAUCGUUCUUCGAGUUGAAUAGAAUCUUGUUCAACGAGAAGCCUAACUCCGAGCCGGCCAGCAUUAAUCAAAACAUAAUACCUCAAACUCAAACGCAUCAUCUAGAGUUGCCGAACAGCAAUAUGCAAGAACAUGAUAAUAUUAAGUGUGAGCCAAUUGAUGACGAUGACAGUUCUAACAGUUCCGACCCUGAACGAUUAGAGAUUGAGGAUCGCGACGAACAGGAGAUUGAAGGCGAGGAAAAUGGUUACGAUAUGACUGUUAGUAAGAGGAGCAGAGUAGACAGCAAUUAUGAUGGCUCUGAAUCCAACACAGCGAAUUGUAGUCCAGUUAAUAGAAUGGAUACUCCAGAAAGUAACUGCUCUGAUACUAACAUUGAUCAAGAAACGACAAAGUUAUGGCAGGCUUUAGCCAACAAUAGAAACUUGGAAAUUACGCGAACAAAUGGUGAUAAGUUGAACAAUGGAUACACCGGCGAAGCAACCAAUUUGUUGCGUUCUUUAAUAAACAAUAGACAGAUUGGUAUUACGGCUAUUGAGUCGGAUAAGAUAUCUCCGCAAAUUAGAUUUUAUAGAGAUACCCAAGGAACAACUACUGAGCAUACGCUGGCCGAAUUUCCUGUACUCGGUAAUCGUACCAAUGUAGGAACUUUAGAAAAUAAGUCUGUACAGAGUGCUUCGAUAGACAGUAACCCAUCUAGCCCUGCUAGUGUCGGUCGUAAGGAGAUGAUGGCGACGACAAAAGGUCGCAGAAAACAGAGUUAUCCUAGUAAGGCUCCAACGAGUCCAGAUAUUUUUGCGAAUUAUCAAUAUGAACAUAAUAAUGAGGAGCAAGCGCAUGAUUUUACCACGUGGUCAAGCAAAAUAAAAAAUAAGGUGGAGGAUCAAAAGCAACAAUUUGAUCAUCAAAGUGGCAACGUAGCGAAAAAGGUUGAUAUGUCUUGUACAAAUUGUGGCACCAUGACGACAACUAUUUGGAGAAGAAAUAUGAAGGGCGAGAUGGUAUGCAAUGCUUGUGGAUUGUAUUACAAACUGCAUGGCGUUAAUCGUCCGGUUACUAUGCGAAGGGAUACUAUACAUACACGCAGACGUAGACCCAAAGGCGAGAAACCAACAAGGCACAGAAAAAAAGGAGACACAGUCUUAGCAUCUCAAUCAACAAGAGAACAAAUGGAUGCCGAGAGUGCUGAUAUGUUGGAGGCUCUUCGACGACAAAUUCAUCCUCAGUUGAUGAUGGCAGCGUUAACGCCUACACACAUACCUAGUGGCCAUCCGCCUCCGCCAGCUACUUACCCAAUACCUUUAUCUAGUUACAUGAUUCAUCAACAUGUGAAAGCCGAGGAAGCGCAACGACGCUUGUCCAUGGAUGAGGAAGCGGACGAAGGUGACGAGGAAAACGUUUCCGAUGUUCCCCUCAAUCUGGUGGCGACUUCACUCUCGGAGGAGACACACUGAAAAAUCGCCGUGCUGAGGCGUCUAGGUAUGCUUUUUAAACGGUAUAAUCCGUUUGGUGACGUUCAUCCUGGAUGGAUUUUUAACAUCUCUUCAAACUCUCAGCAUUUUUCCCCAAGAAGUCGUUUGUACGGAGAUUGCAACGGCGUUACGUGGAAAGUUAUCUGGUUUGCGCUAUAACGUAGCGCGCACGAUGGAACGAGAUGAUAUUAAUUACUCAGUAUUAAUUAUUCAAGAUGUAAACACAUACAUAUACACACAGAAUACAAAUAUAUGUACGUAAAGUACAUGUAUAGAGAUAAAAAACACACACACACACACACACACACGAGAAAAUAUUUUUAUACAAAAUUUUAUAUGUGCUCGCCUGUUGUACAUAGACAUGUCGCGGAUAUCGUGGUGCCGUUUGGAGGUCCGUGUCGUUGUUGUCAUUGUCUUGUUUCAUAUUGUACGUAUCUUUUAAUCGGUCGUCUUAUGGUGAUGACGACAGCGACAGCUUCUCUAACGGUGUACCUGCAACGUCGUUAUGGCUUUUGACAUUCGAUUGUGUUACGCUCUAAAUUUUAACGUCCUUUCAAAAACUUUUAUAUGUUGUGCGAUGAAUGUUGAAUUUUUCAUUUCAUAUAAAAUUUAGAUAAUGGAAUGAAAAUAAAAGUAGUUUUUCCGCAGCAUCAAAUGGUACAAGCAAAAUUUUUAAAUUUUUACAAGUAAAAUUUGGUAAACAUGAUCUUAUAAAAAAAGGAA